AUGUCAAACAUGGAACUGUUGCCCAAUAUGUCUAACAUUAUGGACGACCAGUUGAUGCAACUGCUCGACAACCAGAACUAUAUGAUGACAGACGGCUCUCAUUUGGUGCCGAAUCAGCGAAACGUGACUCCAAUGGACAGCCAUUCGGUGAACAGCGGACAGAACUCCUCGAAUUCAAUGCAAUCUUUGGACAGACAUUCAGUCGAGUCGUGUACUUAUGUCUCCAAUCAAUACGAACCUCAAUACCACUCAUCGCAGGAAUCGCAUCGCUUUAAGUAUAGAAGCAGUGGCUUGUCUUCAGUGGCAGAGACUGUCACUCAUGUCUCGGAAACUGAUAAUUCAAUUUCUGGACAAAACACUUAUGGAAGCGUUGGAAACCUAUCGGUUCCACAGAACUAUCCAAUGGCUUCAAUGAACAAUUGGUCCCACAAUCAGAACCACAACAAUAUGAUUGGACACCAAAGCCGAGGGCCCAAAGACCUAGUGAUGAGUGGAAGCGUUCAGCCCAACCAUAUGAAUGCCGUCAAAGUGACCCCUCCUUCCAGUUAUAUUCCUCGGCACCGAAUCUCAAACUUUGUUCCAAACGUGUCGGCAAUGAAUCCGUCGACAACUUCAACGCCUGUCAACCAAACCAUGAAUAAUAUGAUUAUUCAUAACAAUAAUCACAAUAAUAUCUCAAACAUGAACGUUCAUAAAAAUCACUCACAAGUGAUCAAUGAAAGUAUAGUCCAAACGCAUGCCAUGGAGUCACCGGGAGCUCUGAAACGAACUUUGAUUAUAUUUAAAGUUAUCGAUCAAAUCGUCGAUAAGUCGGGAAAAGUUCUCAAAGAGACUGUCGUUAAGAAU